GAGGGGGGGCGGUAACCAUGGCAACGGUGCGGCGCUUCCCCCCCCCCCCCCCCGUCUGCGGCCUGCGACCUGAGGGGGGACCCGCGGCCUCCCCGGACCCCGCGGCGGCGGCUGCCCGCGGGGCUCCCCUCGGGGAGGGGCGGUGACCCCCGACAGAGCGGCCCCCGGCCCUGGCGAGGGUCCUUUCCCCUGGAUGAGGCCUGCCCGGCGCCUCCCCGCCCCUGGGGGAGCUCGGGCCGCCCGGCCCCGGUUCACCUCCUCCCUCUGAGGGAAGAGGGGGGCAAACGGGGAUCUCGGCGGGCCCUCGGUGACGGGGGAGCUCCCCACAGGCAGUGCUGGGAAGAUGUUGUUCUUCUUGCGACCGCUCGGCUGCAGGGACCUCCAACCAGACCCAGCGGGGGGGCUUUUAUCUUGCACAGCGAGGAGCCCACGCGCGCCAGGCCAGCAGCUUCCAGCCAGGGAGAAGGGGAAUGCCUCAGAAAAACACUGGGAUGCUCAGGCGCUGGAUGAAGUCUUUCUCCGCUGUAGCAGAUGUGAAGAAUGACUUUAUGGAGAUUUGGAUACUCUGCCAGACUACUGAAAACUAACCGUUUUAGGACAGCUGCAUCAAAUACAUCAUUUCCAGCAGUUUGGAUGCUAUUGGUGCAAUAUUCUGGCAGAACACCUGGGCUGUUUGUAGCAGUUAAAAAAAACAGCUUUUUUACAAUGCCUGAAACUGUGGAGGAUAAAGCUAAUCUAGAACUGUAUUUGCCGCAUCCUGAAGUGCGUGGGAUGACACAACUCAACAGAGAAGUGUUUAAAAGGACAGUUGUUGUUCCUGUUCUUAGAGUCAAGAAAGAAAUUAUAAAUACUUUGCUGAAGUCCCUCAAACACGUGGUACUGCAGCGUCCUGGUCUAAAGCGAGUGGUUGAGGAUCCAGAAGAUGAGGACAGUAGACUUGUUAUUCUGGAUCCUCAUAAAAUACCGGAAUUCUCAUUGGGAGAAUCGGAGCAAGAAGUAUUGAAACAGCUUAGUGUUCGUCCUGAGGUGUCCAAGUAUAACUUGGAGCUGACCUAUGAGAAUUUCAAGUCAGAGGAGAUCCUCCGAGCAGUCCUGCCUGAAGGUCAGGAAGUCACCUCUGGAUUUAGCCGUGUUGGUCACAUAGCUCAUAUGAAUCUUAGAGAUCAUCAGCUACCAUACAGACAUUUGAUUGGCCAGGUUAUAAUUGACAAGAAUCCAGGAAUCACCUGUGCAGUGAAUAAAACCAAUAUUAUUGACAGCACAUACAGGAAUUUUCAAAUGGAAGUGCUCGCCGGAGAGAGCAACCUAGUAACCAAGGUCAAAGAAAACAAUAUUGCAUAUGAAUUGGACUUUUCUAAAGUCUACUGGAACCCACGUCUUUCCACAGAACAUGGCCGUAUCGUUGAGCUUCUAAAGCCCAGUGAUGUCCUUUUCGAUGUCUUUGCUGGGAUUGGACCUUUUGCUAUUCCAGCAGCAAAGAAAAAGUGCCGCGUAUUUGCGAACGAUCUCAACCCUGACUCCUACAGCUGGCUCCUGCACAACUGCAAACUAAACAAAGUAGACACCAAAAUAAAAGCGUUCAACAUGGAUGGCAGGGAUUUCCUCCUGGGGCCAGUAAGAGAAGAACUAAGUAAAGAGCUCCCACUUCUGAAAGAAGAACAGAAACCCUCUUUUCAUAUUGUCAUGAAUUUACCAGCUUUGGCUAUUGAAUUUCUAGACGUUUUCAGGCAUCUCUUAGCCGGAGAGCCAGGCAGCACUGCCGGCCUCCCCACGGUGCACUGCUACAGUUUCUCCAAACACGACGACCCCGCCAAAGAUGUUCAGGAACGAGCUGAAGCUUCACUGGGAACCUCCUUGGCUGGCCGCUGCUCCACGUACCUGGUUAGAAACGUUGCGCCGAACAAGGAGAUGCUGUGCAUUAGUUUCCAGGUUCCAGCAGACGUGCUGUACAAGAGGCCCUGCCCGGACGGAGCAAUACCAGCCUCUAAACGUCUGUGUAGCACCAAAGAUUAUUCUGAAGAAAAGUUGAAGAAAAGUUGAAGACCAGAGUUGCGGUAACUACCUUAGUAGUUUGUGUAAGGUAUACUUAGGUUACCUUUGGUUUAUCCCUUGAAUUAUUUGAAGCAUUCGUGUGUUGUCCAUCCCAAGUGCCAAGAUGCAUAAAGCCUGUUGCAGCUUUCCUUUCUGAGCCUUACUUCCUGCAUUUACCUUUUUUUAAUUGUGGGAUCAAUAAACAGAUUGAAAAUGUUCUUAUUACAAAAAAAUAAACCGCUUUUUUGUAAUAAAUGUGUUAGUACUUUUCA